UUUAUUUACAUGUAUAAAUUUACACCACAAUUUAUUCAAAGCCUUCAAGUCAGUACAUCUCUUCCUUCAAAUCCACUGAAAUUGGGCAAAUAUUUUCCAUUUCAAUGGAGCAAGUGAUGGAAAAGCCUUUUGACAGUCUAAUUCAAUCUGAAAAUGGUGGAAUGGAGAACAAAAUACCACCCCAGAAUCUGGAAAUUGAUCAGAAUUCUCAAGAUUCCGGCAACGAUUUGAGAAAAAAAUGUACCCCAGAUAGGCUUAAAGUCCCCAAGGCAUUCAAGUCCCCUGAAAGGUAUAGAAGUCCAACUGAUUCUAUGAUGUCACCUGUUACAAAAGGUCUUCUUGCAAGAAACAGGAAAGGUGGAGGUUCACUCUUGCCACCUAGUCUAAAUCAAACCAAGAUUCAUGAAUUGCGUGUUCAAGAUGGUGGUCUUUCUCAGAAUUGAAGAACCGAUAUGAUACAUGGUGGUGGAAGAAAGCAAAAAUCAGAUAGAUUCUUGAACCUGAUGAAUUUGUCUGAAAUGGUGUUAAUGUCAAUAUAUAUAGAUCACAGGAAAAGAAAAAAAAAAUUACCAUGGGAUGUUUCUCUUGAACCUAUUUCUUUUUCCAUUUGAUCCAGUGAAAUGGGUUUCUUGCAAUUUUUAUCAAAUUUUGGACUGUAAAUUUUGUUCUGAUAAUAAAAAAUUUUGCUUAAUAAUGGUCAAAUGCCUCACAAGAUAUAUAUGAUCAUUGUUGAAAUUAGAAUUGACAAUUUUAACAUAAAAUACACAACUCGAAAAUG